AGCCGUUAACCCCCCCCCCCUCAAAAAAAAAAAAUCCUAAUCCUAACUAUGACGGUGGUCUCGGGGGACAACGCGGACGAGUCCUCGGCGGCGGCGGCGGGCCACCCCCAGGACACCUACCGGCCCCCCGAGCACGAGGAGCACGAGUGCUGCGAGAGGGUGGUGAUCAACAUCGCCGGGCUGCGCUUCGAGACGCAGCUCAAGACCCUGUCCCAGUUCCCGGAGACCCUGCUGGGCGACCCCAAGAAGCGCAUGCGCUACUUCGACCCCCUGCGCAACGAGUACUUCUUCGACCGCAACCGGCCCAGCUUCGACGCCAUCCUCUACUACUACCAGUCCGGGGGCCGGCUGCGGAGGCCCGUCAACGUGCCCCUGGACAUGUUCUCGGAGGAGAUCAAGUUCUACGAGCUGGGGGCGGACGCCAUGGAGCGCUUCCGCGAGGACGAGGGCUUCAUCCGCGAGGAGGAGCGGCCCCUGCCCGACAAGGAGUUCCAGCGGCAGAUCUGGCUCCUCUUCGAGCACCCGGAGAGCUCGGGGCCGGCCCGCGGCAUCGCCAUCGUCUCGGUCACCGUCAUCCUGGUCUCCAUCGUCAUCUUCUGCCUGGAGACGCUGCCGCAGCUCAAGGAGGAGCCGGCGGGCCGGCCGGCCGAGGGCGCCGUCAACGGCACGGCCCCCGCCCGCCGCAAGCCCGGCGUCCUGGCCGACCCCUUCUUCGUGGUGGAGACCCUGUGUAUCAUCUGGUUCUCCUUCGAACUGAUGGUGCGCUUCCUGGCGUGCCCCAGCAAGCCGGCCUUCUUCCGCAACAUGAUGAACACCAUCGACAUCGUGGCCAUCAUCCCCUACUUCAUCACGCUGGGCACGGAGCUGGCCGAGGACCCCGACGCCGAGGGGGUGGGCGAGCAGGCCACCUCGCUGGCCAUCCUCAGGGUGAUCCGUCUGGUGCGGGUCUUUCGCAUCUUCAAGCUGUCGCGCCACUCCAAGGGCCUGCAGAUCCUGGGCCAGACCCUCAAGGCCAGCAUGCGCGAGCUGGGCCUGCUCAUCUUCUUCCUCUUCAUCGGCGUCAUCCUCUUCUCCAGCGCCGUCUACUUCGCCGAGGCCGAGGAGAAGGAGUCCUACUUCACCAGCAUCCCCGACGCCUUCUGGUGGGCGGUGGUCUCCAUGACCACGGUGGGCUACGGCGACAUGGUGCCGGUCACCAUCGGGGGCAAGAUCGUGGGCUCGCUGUGCGCCAUCGCCGGCGUGCUGACCAUCGCUCUGCCGGUGCCCGUCAUCGUCUCCAACUUCAACUACUUCUACCACCGCGAGACCGAGGGCGAGGAGCAGGCCCAGCUGCUCAACGUCAGCGAGCCCGAGCUGCCGUCCGACGCCGACCUCGGCCGCCGCGGCUCCUCGCCGCUCUGCAAGUCCGACUACGUGGAGAUCCGCGGCGGCGGCGGCGAGCUCAACAACAGCAUCGACAACUUCCGCGAGGCCAACCUCAGAACUGGCAACUGCGUCAACGGCAACAAGCUGCUCACCGACGUUUAGGCGCCCGGGAGAAGCUUGGAGUAGACCCCGCUUUAGAUGUUAGGCUCAUCCAUUCCGCUACCCCUCCCCCCGAACCGAAGAAGCAUGGCGUACGCCGCUCGGCGCUAGGAUGCGGAGCGUACUCUGGUCUCAUCGGGCGAUGCCACGCAUGGAAUACGGAGAACCCUGGCGGCGGAAAGGAUCCGGGUCGCUCCCGCUCCGCUUUCUCGACCAAAAGCACCUCCGCCGAGCCGGAUGCGGAAAAGAUGGCCGCCGGGAUCGCCCGCUUUCCGCACGUCUUGGGAAAGGUUCCGCCGUAGCAUGAGAAAAGCCAACCCGCCUUCCCGCUCGACGGAACUCGGGCCGCGUAUUUAAUGCAUGACGCGAGUAAGCGGCUCGUCGCAACUCAGGCGCUCCGCAGUGUCCUUUUUUUUUUCGGUCAGGGAAGCGUCGCGCCGUAUCCGAAGCCAGCUUAGCCACUUUAACCGGUCCCGGUCGGCGUUUUUGAACCGUGGCGUAGGCGGGAAGGGCGCAGCGCAUGAGCCCGAGUCCCGCUCGGGCCAGAACCUCGGCUUCAUCUUUCCGCGCAUCAGGUUAGCUUUUGGGGACGACGCGCGCGCUCGGAAUCCUUCGCACAGGAGUCGCUAGUGCCUUUAAUUGCGUGCGCCAGGGGCGGCGGAGGCCGCCGGAGCUCAUCCGCCGUCGGGAGGGAAAGGAGACUGAAACGGCUAUUGGCUCGGUGACGAGUGAAAAGGGAAGACUUGCAAGGUCGCCGCCAUCGUUCCUUCAUGCCCGCUUGCUUUUGCUUUCCCGCUUGCCUUCGUUGGCUCGCUGGCUGGCGUUUGUGCUGCGGCCAAUCCAAACAGGGUCUCUACCUCAGUCAGGUCCUCGCCAACUUGCUCUCCCUCCCUCCUUCCUUCAGGUACUUCCCCUUUGCCGCCUUCCAUCUGUCCUUCUUUUUUCCUUUGCUUUCUUUCUCAGCUUCCUUCCGUCUCUCCUUCUUUUCUUGGAUCGCACUCCCUCCCUUCUGUGACUUUGUUCUUCACUACCUUCCUUCCUUCCCUCCCUCCUUCCUUUCUUCCUUCAUUGCUUCUUUCUCUCACUCCUUCCAUCACUCAUCACUUCCUUCUUUCUCCCUCCCUUCCUUCCUUCAUCCUUUUGUCCUUCCUUCCCUCCUUCCUUGUUUCCUU